AUGGCUGUAAAUAUGAAAAGGAACUAUCUCAAAUUGCUCAUGCACUUCAGACGUCACGACCUGAACGAGUUUAUCGAAGAGCAUGAUCGGCUGUUUAACGAGGCAAAAAUCACCGGCGAUCAUUUGGCAGUCACAUCCCACUACUACUCGGUCAUGUCGAAGGUUAUAGAUGAGUACUUUGGAGGAAAUUUUCACUUUGCACCGCCGAGACAUGAGAAAUUGUCACUUGAAGAAGCGCUGUCCGAACUUCAUCGGAAGAUUGGCCAGCGUCUCGGUUUAAGUGCUGGUAUGUCGUGUGUUGAUCUCGGUUGUGGCAUCGGUGGAGUCAUGAGGGACCUAGCGCCCACCCAGGCCAAUCUCAUCGGGAUUACGAUUGCUGCGAACGAGGUGGAACUUGGCAACGACGAAUUCCACAAGUUAGGUAUCGAUUCCACUUGUCGGCUUAUGGAGGGAGAUUGUCACAACAUGCCACUGGAGGAUGGCAGUCAAGAUGCUGCCUAUGCAGUUUACUCUCUGAAAUAUUUCCCCGAGUUGGACGGAAUUAUGAAAGAGGUAUCAAGAAUACUGAAGCCAGGCGGUCGUUUCCUAAUCUACGACUUGAUCAAAACUGAAAAAUACGAUGAGAAGAAUGAGGCUCACGUUCAGAUUGUGGAAGGCCUCGAGCACGCUUGUGGAAUGCCGUCAUUGCACACUCGAGCGAAAUGGUGGCUGCCGCCAGAGUAG